AUGGUUUACAAAGCAGCUGACAUUCGAACCGGGAAACUUGUUGCUUUGAAACGCCUUUGUUUCGAUACAACUCCUGACGGUAUGCUUAAACCUGCUGUUAUACGUGAAAUAUCAGUUAUGAGAGAAUUGGAUCAUCCAAAUAUUGUACGGCUUGAAGAAGUAAUUUUUGAUGAAACAAACGUACAUUUGGCUUUUGAAUUCUUGUAUAUCGAUUUGUUGAAAUACAUAAAACAGCUACCCCAAAAUAUCUUUAUGGAACGAUGGCUUCAGAAAUCAUUUCAAUAUCAAAUCCUUCAAGGAAUGUGCUAUUGUCAUCAACGAGCCAUUUUACAUCGUGAUAUGAAACCAUCAAAUCUCUUACUCAAUACUUAUGGCGCUAUCAAAAUUGCUGAUUUUGGUUUAGCAAGAGAAUUUGGUAUGCCAACACGUGCCUAUACAAAUAGAAUAGUAACGCUAUCGUAUAGAGCACCUGAACUACUUCUUGGAGCAGUUCGAUAUUCACCGGCAAUCGAUAUGUGGAGUAUUGGAUGUAUAUUUGCUGAAAUGGCUACGAAAGAUGUUCUAUUUCCUGGACAUUCACAAACGAGCCAGCUAAGAGAAAUAUUUUCACGACUGAAAACGCCUACAGAAGAGAUCUGGAAAGGAGUAUCAGAACUACCAUUUUAUUCAACUAUUGUAUUUCCUCGUUAUGAAUAUGAUCAUCUUGAUAAUUUGCUCAGCUCAUACGUGGAUCCUAUCGGUAUCGCCAUAAUUCGACUAUUACUUACGUACGAUCCAAGCAAGCGUAUAUCAGCUAAACAACUCCUCAAACAUCCCUAUUAUGCUGAUGUGGAUCGUUCAAAAUUACCAGAUCCUAACUAUGAUGGUGCAUUACGAACACCACCUAGAUCUUGGAUUGCAAAUCUCACAGCAGAGAAAUAUCCAAGUAGUAGUAAGUAA